UGAUGAUGAUGAAGCAGUAACAGGUACAGUAGGUGGCACUGAACACGCGGCAAGUGUUUCUAUUAUAGGACGUUGAAUUUGAUUGGCUACUUAAGCACACAGUGAUCUCUGAGAAGAGAACAGAACGCACAGAGGUUCAGUUCAUUCAUCUCAAGAUUUGCAGCACGAUGACACCUCCAAUCUUUGCUCUGUAUUUCACAUGUAUGUUCAUGGCAAAUAUGGCCCUCAAGACACCUUAUCAGCAAUCAUUAGAUUUUAAAUCAGCCACGGUUGGCAAAAGUGUGACUUUUCAAUGCAGCUGUCAAGACGAUGCUGUGGCAGUGAUGUUCUACUGGUAUAAGCAAGCUCUGGGAAAGAGACCACGGCUGAUGUCUACAUUCUACAAGCAUAAUGCUAAUGGCACCUUUGAAGAAGAAUUCAUCCAUCCGCGUUUCACACUGACUACUGACAACCAAAAACAUCUCCUUUUGAAUAUAGCAGAUUUGAGAAUAUCAGACUCCGCUACCUACUACUGCGUAAAGAGCAACUUGUAUGAUUUUGAAUUUUGUGAAGGCACUACCAUCAAUGUAAAGGGUUCAGGCUUAAAUAUUCAAACUGCGGUCCAUCAGUCUUCAUCCGAGAUCGUCCAGCCAGAAAGAUCUGUGACUCUGAACUGUACAGUACACACUGGGAGCUGUGACGGAGAACACAGCGUUUACUGGUUCAAGAUCGAAGACGGAUCUCAUCCAGGGCUCAUUUAUACACAUGGAGACAGGAAUGAUCAGUGCAAGAGGAAAAACAACACACAAGCUCAGACCUGUGUCUACAACUUGCCAAUAAAUAGUAUGGACCUUUCUGAUGAUGGGACCUACUACUGCGCUGUUGCCUCAUGUGGAUACAUACUAUUUGGAAAUGGGACCAAGCUGGAAAUAGAGAGUAAGGUGGGAUCCCUUAACUUGGUGUAUAUCUUGAGUGGAGUGUUGGCAUUCACGACCAUCCUGGUGGUUUCACUGGCGUUCGCACUUUACAAAACUUGCAGAGCUCGCUGCAAUUGUGAAGUAGCCUCUACGCCAAAUACAGCGUUACCCCAAGAGGGAGAGAAUCUACAUUAUGCUGCCCUAAAGGACUACAAUGUCAACAGAUCAAGAAGAAAGAAGGACAACACCUUGAGUGAAUGUGUAUACUCUGGCGUAAGGCAGUAGAGUUGCAAUAUUAUCACGUUAUCUACGUGAAAGCUUGUCUUAAAACAAAGACAUCACAUUUCUCUUGUCAGAGGGUUUCUUAGAUGUGACAAUACCUACAAAAAGUGUUUCAGUAAAAUGUUUGAGUUGUCCGGCUUCCAUUACUUGAGGUAAAAGUUACAUUCCUGUUUCAACAAACCAAGUCAUCCACACAGGCGGACGGACAGCAUCAGUUUUUUUUAUGAAUGGAUUAUUUAUUGUGCUCUAAUUAUGAUUUCAAAAGUGAUUAUGCUAUGCUAUUCUACUGUCCAUUUCCGUUGUCAAUGAACCAUUUGCUUCCAAAUAUUAAAAAUAUUUUCACUCAGACCCUUGCACUGUUAGCUAAGCAGCCCUGCAUCCCCGUUAUCACAUGUACAUUAUAAACAUGAGUAAAGCCAAAGUAAUCCGUAAAGAUUGGCUGUUUAUAGUAAGUAGGUUGUUUACUGUAAGUGCUGCCACAAAAGAGGAGAUGCAAGAAACUUGAUAUAACCCGCUCGCAGUUAACAGUGAGUAGACCCUGUGGUUUCAAGCAGGAAGUUACAACAUCAAUGAUUCUCUGCAGGCUGAGGUCUAUUUGUUGCCUGUUUUACCCCUCAGGUGAAUAAAAACAAAGCUCUGGUUUAUGAGAAACACUCUGUUGCUAUGUUUUCCCCGACCCCGUCAUGACAUUAAAUGGAAAAAGGUGAAGGACUCGUGUCAAAAAGUAAGCAGCGAGAACAUACUCUACAUAAACAUAAUAUAGGUAUUUGUAGACAGCCAUGUAGGCAACUCCCAAGGAGCGGUAUCUGGUAAGUUUGUCAGUCAAGUGGAAGUACAAAACUAAAUACCUAAAAUAUUCGUCCUAUUUGUACCCCACAUUUUUGGUCUCGAUUGUGUUAAGUAAUGUUUCAGUGCAAUUAUUCAUUUCAGAAGUGAGUGCUUCCAGAAGAUAAACUGUACU